AUGGCAGGCAUUACCACUCUCCCAGAACCCAUCACUAUGUCGAAGGAGAUAGAGUUGGAUACUAAGGGCAUCCAUGUCGAGAAGUUGCCCGAGCAUGAGAAUCUGGUGGCACGCAUGAAUGCGCUCGAUCCUCCUGUCACCCCUGAAGAGGAAGCGCGCGUGAGACGGAAGAUCGAUCUUCGCCUUCCUCCCUUUCUUCUGGUGCUCUACAUGUUUACAUGGCUGGAUCGUGGUGCCCUGGGAAAUGCCGCGUUGAUGGAUAUCAAGACAGAUAUAAACCUGUCUGGCCCGCAAUUCAGCCUCGCUGUGAGCAUGUUCUUCGUCGGUACAUGCGUUGCCGACCUGUUCACCAAUAUCGGCAUGCGAUAUAUUAGGCCAAGUCUCUAUCUCGCUGGCGCAAUGGUCGUCUGGGGCGCCGUGGCCUCACUGCAGGCUGUCGCAGGAGGGGCGGCAGGAAUGUACGCUAUCAGAUUCUUCCUGGGUGUGUUCGAAGCUGCGUUCAUCUCUGGGGCACCCUACCUGACUACCGUUCUUUAUCCACGAGCUGAAUGGGGCAAACGCAUCUGCGUCUACCUGGCCGCAACUCCACUUGCCGGCGCCUUUGGCGGCUGGAUAGCAUACGGCAUUGCGCACAUCAGCAACCCUGGCAUCCACAAUUGGCAAGUCCUUUUCAUCCUUGAAGGCCUUCUGACGGUCGCUUUCGGCAUUGCUUGUAUCUGGGUUCUGCCCGACCGCCCACACAACACCCGCUGGCUCACACCCAGAGAACGAGAUGUUGCCGACUGGCGUAUGAUGCGCGAUGGGAAUCGAACGCACGGUAAGAUCCAUUGGGCCGUCGUCUUCACACAAUUGCAGGACUGGCGUCUCUGGUUGAACAUUGCUAUCUAUAUGUCCCAAGUAAUCUCAACCUACACAAUCGCAACCUUCACCCCUAUAAUCGUCAAGACAAUGGGCUUCACCAACGUCAAAGCCCAAUUGAUGACCGCUCCACCCUACGUCGUCGCUUUCGUCAUGGUCUUUGUGGUCGGAUACCUGUCCGACCGUUUCCGCUCCUGUUCAGGCAUCAUGGUCAUCAACUCCGUCGUUGCGGCGAUAGGCAAUCUCAUGCUCGUCCUCGUCCCCGCGCAUCACAACAACGUACGUUAUGGCGCAACGUUCCUGACCAUCUCCGGCAUUCUGUCCGGUGUGACUUUGUCCGUGGGCAAUAUUACGGGCAAUUGUUGCGGUGAUAUCAAGAAGGCUAUUGCGACGGGACUGUUCCAAGCGUUCGGCUCCACCAUGGGCGUUGCGACUGGCUAUCUGUUCCCACAGAAGGACGGACCGUCGUACCAGACCGGGUUUUGGACGUUGUUUGCGUGUACGUGUUUCACGGGCGUUGGGUCCGCGGUGGUCACGGUGCUCAACGUGCGUGAGAACAGGAGAAGGGAUGCUGCGACGGGGAAGCCGCCGACUGAUCGAGUCAUCAAUUUUGAUGAGGACGGCAUGAUGGAGAGACAUCCGCAUUGGAGGUAUUAUAGAUGA